GACGCUGCACGUUAGUACCAACCGCGCACUAAACCGUGAUAGAGGUCGUACACUGGUGCGCUAACGCAGCACACAGUAGCACACGCGUCUAUGUCUCACAUCUCCGGUUGACACAUUUACCGUGUCCGGAGGAGGAAAAUCAGUGCCCACAGAAACAAUCGAUUCCAACUCUAAACCCACUGGCCGGUAGCGAACUCCAGCGAACCGUGAGCGUUCUACAGUUUGUGUCUGGGACACCUUACCUGGGACACGGUGUACAUUACAGAGCCGCGCGCGUUUGACAGGUCUCAGACAGGGCCAAAAAGGUGUCUUUUCAACCAUGAUCUACCCAACCGUGGACGCCUUCCAGAGCUAUCUCUGGCUGGUGCUGGUUUGUGUGGUGCUAUAUUUGGUCUGGUUUCUCGCUACAACCGGCACACGCUACUGGCAGUGCGUCCCACGAGUGCCGCACAUCAAGGGCCGCCCGCUGGUGGGCAACUUCCUCGACGCGUUACUGAUGCGAAAAUCCGUGUUCGAUCUAAUGGACGAGCUGUACGUGGACGAGCGGGUACGGGACAGUGCACUGUUUGGCAUCAGCAAGCUGCUCACGCCCACCCUCGUGCUGCGCGAUCCGGAGCUGAUCAAGCAGAUACUAAUUAAAGAUGCAGCGUUCUUUUGCAAUCGCUCCAUGUCCACCGAUCAACAUGGCGAUCCGAUCGGGUACUACAACUUGCUGAUGAUUAAAAAUCCACCCUGGAAGCAGCUCCGGUCUUACCUAACGCCGUCACUUAGCCUGAGCAAAAUCAAACAGAUGUACCCGCUGCUCGAUCAGGUCGGUGCAGACAUGAUGGCGUCACUCGACGCCCUACCCGUACUGCGACCCAAUGUGCGCGAGACGGAGUUUAAGGAGCUUUGCGCCCGGUUCACCACCGACGUGAUCGCGAGCACGUUCUUCGGCAUGCAGGCCAACUGUCUGAAGGAUGAGCAGUCCGAGUUCCGGUACUAUGGGCGGAAGAUCUUCGACUACGGACCGGGGCGCGGCCUGACGAUGGCAUCGUUCUUCUUUCUGCCCGAGCUGGUGCCUUAUUUGCGGCUGAAGCUUUUCCCCCGCGACACGGAAGCAUUUCUUAAGGCGAUUAUCGAGCAGGAGAUCGCACGGCGCGAGCAGACCGGCGAAAGUCGGGGCGAUUUUAUCGACUCAAUGAUUGCGCUGAAAAACAAUAAUGCCACGCUCGGUGUGAAGGAGAAGAUACCACUCAAAGGAGACAUACUUGUGGCACAAGCAGCCACCUUCUAUAUGGCCAGCUUCGAAACGACCUCUUCGGUGCUAUCGUUCGCUCUCUACGAACUGACGAAAAAUCCACACGUCCAAGAAAGGUUGCGCGAAGAGAUACGCGAAAUUAUUGGAAAAUAUGGACGCGAAAUUCCGUACGAAGCGUACGCGAACGAGAUGCCGUACCUCGGUAUGGUCAUCUCGGAAACGAACCGUCUCUAUCCGGUGCUUGCCUUCAUCGAGCGACAGUGUACCCUGCCGGAGGGAAGCACCGGGUACAAGCUGGAACCGUUGCACGAUUACGUUAUCCCUAACGGUAUGCCCAUUAUGAUUCCAAUUUAUGCCAUCCAUCGUGAUCCAAAGUAUUUCCCCAACCCGACCGUGUUCGAUCCGGAGCGCUUUGCGAAGGAAAACCUGGACCAGAUACAGCCCUGCACCUACAUGCCGUUCGGCGUUGGACCACGCACCUGUCUGGGGUCACAUUUUGGGACGUUGCAGAUCAAAAUAGCCCUGCUAAAGCUGCUCUCCCAGUAUCGCAUCGAGCGUUCGCCCUCCACGCCCGAGGUGCUAACUUACCGCAAGAACGCGUUCACGCUCAACUCCAACGAAGGGCUGUACGCGGCGCUGGUUGAGGAUGCGAUGUGAAAUAUAUACAACAACCGGACCAACACAAACAGUAA